UGCUGUCUUAACCAUCUUGAGCCAGACGGUCAGCUUACCUGUGCAUUAAUUCUCAUCAACUCAACUCAACUCAACUAAUCUUCAAACCACAGAGAAAGGCUGGUGGCCAGAAGUGGGUCAGUGUGGAGACUGCAAUACACAUUUCAGGAUAUUACCGGCAGUGACCUCAAUCUUUCUACAACUCCUACAUCCCCAAAUAUCAGGAAAAAAUCCCUGCAAGCAAAGAAGCGUGUGAAUCAGAUGCCAGUGCCCCGCUUGAUUGGACUCGUUUUGGAUACUGAGAUUGACAGCUCAACCACCAGUCAAUGUAGGUGUUAUUACGUCCAGUAAACAGUAUAACUCUCCUGACCUGUCACUCAAUCAACUUCAAGGUUUUCAACCUUGCUUUGUUAUCUAACAGGAAGUAAUACCCAUGGCAUCCCUCAACUUCUUCAAAGGCCCAAUAGAAGCCCUUACUCCAACUAAAAGAGGAAGUCGUGCUUGCUACAGACUUGAGACAACAAGAGAAUAUCUUCAUGAAAAGCAGUGGAAACGUCACGAUGAAAGUUCAGCAUCACGUGAUGCAAAAAUCAGACGAUGGAGAUAUGGAAAGGAAAACAGAAACAAUGUCACAAAGACUAUUUUGCUGGUGGGUGAAACAGGAUCAGGGAAGACCACUCUCCUCAACACCAUAGUCAAUUACAUGAUAGGCGUGAAGUUUGAAAAUAAAGCGUGGUACGAGAUCACAGAAGAGGAUAAUAAAAAUCAGUCUGUAUCUCAAACUUCGGCUGUCACAGUGUACGAGAUCCAUGUUGAGACAAAGUUGAUUUCUUUGACCAUAAUUGACACCCCAGGGUACGGAGAUACAAAAGGUGUGGAUCAUGACAAGACCAUCGCUGGCAGUUUACGUGAACUGUUUGAGUCAUAUAGAGGAAUUGAUAGAAUUGAUGCAGUUGGUCUUGUGAUCAAAGCAUCACAGAAUCGAGUGACGGAUGUCCAGCGUUAUAUCUUCGAAUCAGUUCUCUCCUUAUUUGGCAAAGAUAUAGAAGAUAACAUAGUGCUCCUCAUUACACACUCGGAUGGACUGCCCCCUACAGGUGCUCUUGAUGCCAUCAAAAAUGCAGAUACAAGAUGUGCCAAGGAUAAGGAUGGUGAACCAAUUCACUUCCUAUUCAACAACCGUCAGAAUCAGCCGCACAAGGAACAUCAAGCCAAAACUUUCAAAAGAAUUUGGAGCUCAGGAGAAGAGAGCAUAGAGGAUCUUUUCAAGUUUUUACAACGAGUCAAAGGACAAAGUCUGAGGAUGACGGGAGAUGUUCUAAAGAAGAGAAUACACCUUGAGGCAAUUCUACGUGACUUGUUUAUAACCAUUAACUUGGUGGAUGAGGACGAGAAAGAAGUGGAGCACAUCAAUUGUACUAUGGAAGAAAACAAGGCAAAACUAGACAACGAUGAGACCUUCGCAUAUGUUGCCAAGGAGACAAAGAUGAAGAAGGUUCCAAUCAGGGCUCACUUUAAAGUCUGCUAUGAAAAGGCAACGUGCUGUGAUGUGUGCAAAAAGAACUGCCACUUUCCUGGCUGUACAUGGGUGGACAAUCCAUAUUGGUGUACUGUGAUGUCAGGUGGUAUAUGCAGAGUUUGUGGAUGCUCCUAUACAGAUCACACAAAAGAAGACAAACUCUACAUGCCAGUCACAGAAGAUGUCGAGAAAACCAAUGAAGAUUUAAAGAGAGAGAUUCAAGAUGUUUAUGAGAAACAUGUGGACAUGCAAGAGAAAAUCGAGAAGAAGUUAACUGAAAAUAGACAGCGAAUGUCCCAACUGUUGGACGAAGCAUACAAAGGCAUCAUUGAGCUGGAUGAAAUAGCCCUGCAUCAAGAAUCUCUGAACAUCCAUGUUGAUUUUGAUAUCCUGAUUACAAAGCUGAGCGAAACCAGUCAAACUGAGAAGGUUCUGAAACUGAAAGAAAUAAAGGAUAGGGCUCCAGCUGACAAGUAUUCAAGUCAAUGGGAUCUUAGGGGAAAUUUCAAAAAAUAGAUACAUUGACAGGGUACCCACAGGGUCUUGUAUUGGAAAAGUAUUAUUUAAUAUUUUCAAAUUAAGGCCUAACAAGUAUUGAAUUUAGUUUACUAAGUCUUGAAUUUCAUUCACAAGGUCUUUAUUUUCUCCUUUGGUAGAAUUAAUGGAUAACCUACUUAACGUCAAUAAAUUAGCAUAGGAAUAGCAGCAUGUUUUCUUCUAAUGUUGUGAACAUUAUCAAUAUUCGACCGCUAACCUUAUGUAGCUUUAUGUAGUUUUUGUAUGUGAAAAAAAAUAGAUGUACUGUAUAUACACUAGAACACAUAAUUACACGGCUCUUCAGAAUGCUGCAGAAAUGAAUGGGCCUUCCCAACGUUCGGAGGUCUGUUAAGUAAAGGACAUAAUUAAGUAAAAGGAUAAUGGACGACACGCCGUUCAAUUAUACAAAGCUAAUACACGUUCUAGAUGGCAUAAAGUGUAUUGACUGUAAGGGUAUUUUAUAUUCACUUAUUUUUGUUUUAAUGUAAGUAUUGCUUUUAACCGUGUUCCUUACUUUUUUACUACUUUUUAUUUUCUUGUUGUACUCUAGAACUGUUUUACUCCUGUGUUUUCUACUCCUAUAAUGUUUUCUUUCUACUUAUUUUAUACAUUGUUUUAGUCAAGACCUGUGUAUCCCUGGGCCCCUUGUAUCAACCGUCUUGCCCAAACCUGACUUCUUCCAAUGUAAAGCGCUUUGGGUAAAAUGUGCUAUAUAAAAGUGACUUGACUUGA